CCAGAGUUCACUUUAUAACCGUUCCUGAAGAUUUUCCCUUUUAUACCUAAGCGACGCUUCUUCGACGUUAAUUAAUUGUAACUUGAAUGUUUUACAAUUAAGAAAGAGAACGUAAGCAGCAGCAAAUAUUGUAUAAUUAAUUUGGAGCUACUACUUUAUACCAGUGGAGCCAAAUUUGGCGCAUGCACGAAAACCAUUUCUGGCUGCUUUAUACUGAUUAAUUUUGAACUCUAUCGCUAGAACUUAUCAUUUUGGAAAGUUACGUGAUUAAGUUGUUCGAUAACAUUCGGAAGGAAGCGGUUAGCGAAACCGCAACUUUGGGAGUUUAAGGGGGCAAAUGUUAUAUAAGAUCGAAGCUUUUCUGAUUUCUGUUUAAUUUGAUGUGCGUUGUUCAAUUGAUUAAGGUGCGAAAUUGUUUCUUGCGCGUAGUUCAAUUACUUAAAGAACCAUGUCCGAUUUUCAAAUGCGCGAGAUCAACAAUCGCGAGACCAACAAUCACGAGCAAAACAAAUUAGCUCAAUGGUAUCGAUCAUACAGAUGCUACUUCGUGGUUCUACUUCUUUCCGUAUUUGUGUGCAUUAUCCUCUUGUCUGUGCUCAUCGGCAAGCAUGCUCAAGUCAGCAUACUGAAUCAGCGUUGCAGGAAACGACACCAUCACCAAAUAUCGCCAUAACUACAACGCCUAAAAGGCAAAGUGAGGACACUACCGAAAAACCGAAAAGUAAAACCACAACUUCCGGCGGAACAGGAAUCACUACUCCUGUUUCUCAGCCUGUAACGACUACGAUAACUCCAACCGCGAUAGCUUCGACCACAAUAAUGCCAAUCACGAUAGACGAAAACAAAAGGAAUUUUAUGAAGCCUAUUAAACUUCUUGAUGAAAAUAUUAACGUUUGCAAUACGAUAUACGAUACGCAGAUAACCAGCAAGAUGUCAUUUUACAUGAAUGUCUCGGCCAAUCCUUGCAAUGAUUUCUACAAAUAUGCUUGCGGCAAUUUCGAAGCAAAUCUGCAGUUGGCAGACAUCGAUCUGGUUCAAAGAACCAACAUUUAUCAACGAAUCGAGAAACAGAUGAUAAAGGAAAAUUUGACUUUCGCGAUAUACUACAGGAGUUGCGUGAAAUAUGAAAGAACCGUAAGUUUCAGCGAAAGGAUCAAAAUGGCAAGAGAUGCGUUGAACAGAGUAGGACAAUUUUAUAUCAACAACACGUGUUCUGCUGAUAGUGCAAAUUUCACCAACUUGUUCGCCAAUUUAAUUCUGCAUCACAGUGCUUUUCUAUUCGACAUCGUACCAGAAAUAGACGAGGAGGGAUCACACAAUUUCACGCUAAAGAUAAGUCCUACGACCUAUGAAAAUUUGUUCGAAACAGAAUUCAUGAAUUCCUACUUCGGAAACAAUCUCGAGAUGGACAGCGAUUACGAGGCUCCCGAACCCUUAUGCAGUAAUAAGGAGCGCAAGGAGAAUGACAGGAACGAUGAGAUUAAGAGAUCCAUUUCAGAAGCGCUGACAGAGCUUCAUAUUUUUAAGGACUUGAAUAACAGCACUUUAGAAUCGGAACGUAUAAAUGAGAUCAUUAAUGUAAUCGACUCUGUUAUAAUGCAAACAUACUUUUCGAACUUUUCGUCUGAGAACAACAACAAAGAAGUAUAUCUGAUAAACCAUUAUAAAAGAAUAAAUUUAACGGAGUUGAAAAACGAGAACAACAACACAUUCGUAAAUUGGACACAAUUAAUUGACUUGCUCCUAGAAACAAACAACGAAACUAACAAGGAUAUCCAAGUUUAUUUUCACAAAGAAUUGUCCAAAGGUUCACAAAGUUUGGCUAAUUUCUCCAAAACGAAUUGUACGGGCCUCAACAACGCGAUAAUGGCAUUAUACGCGCGCAAACUUUAUCAGGAAUUAGUUAUGCCGAGACAAAAUGCAAAGGCUCAUUGCCUGCGAGUGGCUACUUAUCUCCUGCGACCCGAAGCGACUAAUUUAUAUUUAUCAUCCUUUGCCGAUCACGAAAUAGAGCGGAUGAAUAAUAGAACGACAUAUAUGUUCAACGAGUUAAAACAAACUCUAAAGAAGAAAAUAAAUGUAACACUGCCCGAAGGAAAUGGAAAGGAAACAUUAUUGAACAAAACCGACAGUCUUGAGCUCGCAUUGCCUCCUGUUUCUUAUUUCAAGAAUAAAGAAUUACUAUAUAGCGAUUAUAAUAUGGCGCAAUUUCAGAAUUUAUCCAAAAAUUACUUCAAUAACUCGAUAAAUUUAAUGAAAAGAUACAGAACCUUGAUGUACACCGAAAUAAGAAGAGAAUUUAAGAUAAGAUCAGAGCAAAUUUGGACGUAUUACGCGACGCCGUUCCAGUUGCAGGCCAAAAUAAUCUAUUGCUUAAGUCAGAUCGCGAUUCCUUAUGGUAUGAUCGAAUUACAUUCAGCAAGUAACGAGGACUCUUUUAAUUACGUUGUGCGGACGACGCUUGGAAAUUUUAUUGCUCAUCAGAUCGUUCAUCUUUUCGAUAAUCUGGACUACUGGAACCUAACCGAAAAUACCCAUCUCUUUGAGAUUUUCAAAAACAAUUCCAUCGACAUCAAGAUCCUCGAAACAACCGAGCCAUUGCCUUCCACCAAUCAAACCGAGUGUUCCAAGUUGAUCCUGAACAAAAAGUCAUCUGAAAUAAUAAAAUUUAGAUUAGUCAAGGAAACUUUAGACAGCAUGAUGCCGUCGGUAAAGCUCGACAUCAAACAAUUAUUCUAUCUCGCCUAUACUCAGGCGUACUGUUCAAAGUCACGGACAUCGUCUUUCGUCGCCCCAUACGAGAACAAGAACGAGAACUUACGGAACCGCGAUCGCAUCGCUAUCGUUAAAUCCAACGAUGAGUCUUUUGCUAAGAUGUGGAACUGCACGAACUCGCAGAACAAUCCAGAAUAAAACCCAAAAAUAAAACAUACAAAAUGCGACUAAACAAAUAUCUGCGAAUGUUGCGAUGCGAAACUCAUGUCGAUCAAAAUAAAACAAUGAAAAAAAUGGAAUUAAAGUUUGAAAUAUAAAAAUA